UCAUAAACCCUUCUUUUUUCUCUCUCUAAUGCUCUUUGUGUUUCUAUCUAAAAAGGAACCAUAGCAGAAGAAUUAUUAUUCAGGAAUAAUUAAGCUCGUGUGAAAUUCGUUGUUGUUAAAUCUGUUUUUGUUGUGCAGGAAACAAGCUUCUAUAUACUAAAAAAAUGCAGAGAGAAAUCUACAGCGACUGCAAUUUUGUCGGGUCACUCUACCCCUCAAGUUUCCCGUCAAGUCAGUCGCCCUUUCUCGAUUACGUGACAGGCGAUUCCAAUUUCCCUUCCAGCAAUAUCAAUUCUCAGCCGAAUGAUGAUGACACGUUACUGAGUUCAUGCUCUCAUCAAAUUCAGCUGCAGCACCAGGACAUGAUCGAGCAGCACCACACAGUGUUCUCCCACCUCCAAAAGACAGCAAAGCAAGUCCAAUCCCUUCGACAGGACAAUGUCAACCUCAAAAUGGCGAACAUUGACUUGAACCACCGCCUGAAAUUGUUGGUCAAUUCCACUUCCUCAUUUGGUCUGUCGGGUCUGGUUCCAGGUUCAAGUUCGGGUUGGGAUCCUAUUGUGGAUGGAUUAGGGAAGAUGAGUUUGGGUGGUGAAGAUGGACCAGGUGAAAAAGAGGAGGGGGAGAAUGAAGUGACGGCGGCAUUCUCUCAAGGUCAUAGUACGAGUCCCAAGAGUGUGGUGGAUUUGGGUCGGGUUGGAGGGAGUGGGGAAGAGAGAAUUUCAUUGCCAAAAAGUAUUUCAGUUCGGUCCAGUGGGUAUCUAAAGACAGCUCGUGCUGUUGGGAUGAGCAAUGGAGGUCGGGUUAAAGCACAGGACCGGACCAAGACGCAAAGAGUGUAUGUGAGUGGAGGGAAGAAAGUUGAGGAAGCACUUGAACUGGAGGUGUAUAAUCAAGGUAUGCACAAGACUGAGCUUUGCAACAAAUGGCAACAGACAGGUACAUGCCCGUAUGGAGAUCACUGCCAAUUUGCUCAUGGCAUCAAGGAGCUCCGCCCAGUCCUUCGCCAUCCUCGCUACAAGACCGAGGUGUGCCGCAUGGUCCUCAAUGGUGAUCAUUGCCCCUAUGGCCACCGCUGCCACUUUCGCCAUUCCCUCACUGACCAGGAGAAAUUAAUGCGGUCAAUGAAUACCAGGUUACUCAAGCCUCGGUAACAUUAUCCAAGUUAUAUGAUAAAUCAUAAUUUGACUAUAAUACAACCCUCCAAAUAAUGGAAACACUUCCACUCAAGGAAAGAAACUAGGCUGUUUUUAAGUACAAUAAUUGUAUCGUAAAUAGCUAAUCUGUGCUUUGAUAAUUGUGCCUACGCAUUUGAGACAUACAUACGAUGUUUUGUACGAUCAUCAUGGCUAAAUCAGCCGAGGAAACUCCUUUUGUAAUGAUAAAAUGCAAUCUGGCUAAGCAACUUCUGAUUGUCCUUGUUCAUUAACUGUGUUUAUUUCUUUCGCUUUCAACGUUUGUAAUGAUUCUGUGAAGGCUUAGAUCAUUUUCAU